UCCUGCCCAUCCCCUCCCUUCCCUGAAAGCCUUUUUAAAGAAGGAAAGCCAAGCCAAGCAAAGCAGAGAGUGGGACCGGACCGGAGAGGAAGGAGAGUCCGGGCAGCCUGGCUGGAAACUUUGAGCCCGAGACCAUGCUGUGGCUCCUCUGGCCCGGCCUGGCCCUGCUCUCCGCGUCCGUGGCCCAAGAGAAGCCCCCGACCCCGGCCGGCCCCUCGCGCUUCCUCUGCACCGCCUUCCCCUGGGACCCCUCCAGCAAGGACUGCCCGCUGCCCCCCGCGGCGGUGGUGCCGGGACCCCCCGAGGAGCAGCUCCAGGCCACGCUGCUCCAGCUGCGCGAGACCCUCCUCCAGCAGAAGGAGACCAUCGGGCAGCAGCGCCAGGCCAUCCGGGAGCUGACCGCCAAGCUGGGCGGCUGCGAGGGGAAGCCCUGGAGGAAGGCCAAGGACGGGGAGGACGCCGCCAUGGGGGACCUGCCCCGGGACCCCGCCAAGGUGCUCGACCAGCUCAGCCGCACCAUGCAGGGACUCAAGGACCGCAUGGAGAGCCUCGAGCACCAGCUCCGCGCCAACGUCUCCCUGGCGGCCCUGCCGAGCGACCUGCGGGAGAUGCUGCAGAGGCGGCUGGGAGACCUCGAGCGGCAGCUGCUGAGCAAAGUGGCCGAGCUGGAGAGCGAGAAGACGCAGCUGCACAACGAGACCUCCGCCCACUGGCAGAAGACCGAGGCCGCCCUCAACGCCCUCCUGGAGCGGGUGGCCGAGCUCGAGAGAGGGUCCAGCGCCUUCAAGGCCCCCGACGCCUUCAAGGUCUCCCUCCCUUUGCGCACCAACUACCUGUACGGGAAGGUCAAGAAGACGCUCCCGGAGCUCUACGCCUUGACGGUCUGCCUGUGGCUCAAGUCGGGCGCCUCGCCGGGGAUCGGGACGCCCUUCUCCUACGCGGUGCCCGGACAGGCCAACGAGGUGGUGCUCAUCGAGUGGGGGAACAACCCCAUCGAGCUCCUCAUCAACGACAAGGUCGUCCAACUCCCGCUCUUCAUCAGCGACGGGAAAUGGCACCACAUCUGCGUCACGUGGACGACGCGGGACGGGAUGUGGGAGGCCUUCCAGGACGGGGAGAAGCUCGGCACCGGGGACAACCUGGCUCCUUGGCACCCCAUUAAGCCCGGAGGGGUCCUCAUCCUGGGCCAGGAGCAGGACACAGUCGGUGGGAGAUUCGAUGCCACGCAAGCCUUUGUUGGCGAGAUGAGCCAGUUCAACAUCUGGGACAGAGUCUUGAAGCCCGAAGAUAUCAUGAAUAUUGCGAACUGCUCCGCCAACAUGCCCGGCAACAUCAUCCCCUGGGUCGACAACAACGUGGAUGUCUUUGGGGGCGCGACCAAGUGGCCUUCGGAGACGUGCGAGGAGCGCCUGCUUGAUUUAUAGCCACGACCAUGUCCCAUCCAAGUGCCCUGUUUCCAUUGAGACAACCUCUCAUCAGGUCCAAUGCUCUUACGCCCCGGAUUAUUUCCUUGGGUUCCUUAAUACCAACGAAAUUCCCACGAUGCCCAAGGAGGGUCGGCACCAGCAAAACCAAAACAAGCUUCAGUGGCGUCUUGUGGAUCCCAUCUCAGCUGGACAAUGAAUCCAUUCCUAGCUUCAGAGGAGCUCUCCGUGGUGCGGAUACCUUUAGGGACUAGGCCUCGGCACCUUGGAGAGCACCUCUGAUGUCCAAACAUGGAGUAGAUUUGCCACUUCACUGAUGCGUCUCGCACAUCUUUGGAUGCUUUUUCAGUGGAGUUCCCGUAAAAGACUUUUGGAGGAAGUUAGGGCCAUUCUUUGCAUGAGUUUCCAACACAUUCCAACUCUCGUAAGUCACCCUUUCCAAACAUGGCACCUCCUGGCUCUAUUGGACUACAAUGCUCAUCGUCCCCAAACAACAUACUAUGUUGUCCAGUGAAGUGUAGUCACUGUUAGAGUUUCCAGUUGGGGUGUGCAGUUUUUUUGUUAGUCCUCGUAAGUCGGAUAACAUUAGCUAAAUUCGUACUUCCGAGUUGAUAUCAGAUACGUGGGCGAUAUCCGAUACGCCUGCGCCAAAAAUGUCAGAAUCUAAACCGACCCCGUACUUUUCCAUUUUAGUUUUGUAAACCUCGGAAGGCUCUGAAAGUCAGUUUCAGUGCAAGAAAGUAAAGCUGAAAGCAAAGCCAAAAAGGCUGCCUUAGUGCCUUGCCUUUCCUCAGCAAAUUAACAGAGUCUCGCCAUUUGAAGAGGCCGGAAAAGGAGAGAGAAAGGAGAAAGGGAAAAGCACAGAACUCUGGGAAAUGUAGUUUGGGAAGGCGAGGACCCUACGCCGGAGAAUGCAAAAGGCCCUGCCCUAAACUACAUUUACUGACUAGGCGCAUUGCAAUAAAUGAAGCGUUAGUUAGCUUUGAACAUCUCAAAUCCUCUGAGCAUGAUAUGGCCUGACACAACCCAUAAGGAUGAGAGAAAUAUUCUGAAACUUGACAGGCUUGCAGUCACAAAUGUCUCCUACAUGUGUGGCAAGUUUCAUCCUGUUAUAGCCAUAACAAUGACAGAGAAAUGAGCCAGAAAUCUCUGUAGUUUUUAAAAUGUUAUUGGUAAAAACUUUUUUAAAUUCCCAAAAAUCAAUGGAUGAGUGAAAUAUUUUGAAACUUGACAGGCUUGCAGCCGUAAAUGUCUCCUACAUGUGUGGCAAGUUUCAUCCUGAUAGCCAUAAUAAUGACAGAGAAACCAGCCAGAAACCCCUGUAGUUUUUUUAAAAAAAUGUUAUGAGUAAAAAAAAUUAAAAUUCCCAAAAAUCAGUGGAGGAACUAAACAUUCUGAAACUUGGCAGGUUUAUGGUUGUUAAUGUGUCCUAUAAGUGUGCCAAGUUUCAUCCUGAUAGCCAUAAAAACAACAGGGGAAAGAGCCUUGCAAGUUUCCAGAUCGGAAACCAAAUCUUACCGAAACGAAAACGGAACUCAGAGUUCUAAAUUAUGAAUCCGAACCUGCUUCCAAAUAAUAAUAAAAUAUUAUUGGUAAAAACUUUUAAAAAUUCCCAAAAAUCAGUGGAUUCAUGAAACGUUUUGAAACUUGGCAUGUUUGCAGUCGUAAAUGUGCCCAACAAGUGUGACAAGUUUCACCCCAAUAUCUGUAAAAAUGACAGAAAGACGAGCCUCGUGAGUUUCCCAAUUGGCGCCGACAGGAUUUUCAGAGAAGAUUGUAUUUUUGUUUUGCUCCCAAAGGCCUUUAAGAAGCGUGUGCCAAAGUUACCGUCAUUCUUUUGUUAUGUGUACGCUUACAAAUUCUGCCUGCUCCUCGCCCUCUUGCUUGCGUCCGACUCUUCUGCCCAUUUCCCAUUGAAAUGAAUGGGCUUAGAUUUCUCAUACUCAUUCCAAACACGUGUGGGGAAAAAGACUUUCCUUUGGGUUGUGUUUGGCUAUUUUCUCUCCCUCUUGAAAAGAAGUCUCUGGUCCGAAAUGAAAUCACUGCCAUCGCGAACCUUUGUGCUUAAAAAAGGGAGAAAAUCAGCUAUCUCCCUUUUUAAGUUCUCGUUUACCUUCUCUACGUCUAAUGUGUUUUCCAAACUGUUGCCCUUUCAGUACCUGCAAUUCUUCUGCUUUGAGUAUGUAUUAUAUAUGUAUUUUCUUAUUUUUUCCUGCAUUUAUUAUUUGUCCUGUGGUGAAAGAUGUCUUGAAAAGGGAGUUUUUAUGAUUCUGGACAAGAUUUUAACGAGGGUGGUGGAAAGGGAAUUUAUAUGACUGAAAACUUUUAUUUUUCAUACGUCUGAACCAUACGGCGCUCGAUUCCAGUUACUGUCUAAUAUGUAGGAGAAAGUGACAUGUUGCCAUGAGUAGGUAGCACAACGUUCUUAACAAAAUACAAAAAAGGGAAAUUAAAAAAGUUUAUUGCACUGUAAA